UAACAUUUACAAGUGAAAUUUGGCCUAAUAUUUAUAUGCGAACUUUGUAAUACGAAAACAGUUCAGACAAAAAUUGUGAAGCUAAUUGUUGCAAAUGUGUAGUAAAUAUUAUAGAGUGAAUAUUUAGAGCACGACUAGGGGCUGAAGACACAAGAGUGACACCGUGUGAGAAACUUUCUAUCGAUUGUAGUUUAGGGAUUCUUGUCGAGACUUAUGUGUAGAAGGAUUAUUCUUUUUAAAGAAUAGAUGAAGCAAACCUUCUUUUGUAUAUAUUGAAAACUGUUCGGCAAGACGUUGGUAAAGUGCUCGAAAAUAACAGAUUCGACAUUAGAUAACCAUGCUUACCCUAGAAUUAUUAUUAACCGUCAUAUCGGCAAUGUUGUGUUUAAUAGACAGUUACCCAUCAGGGGCCCCGUCCAGUUCCUGUAUCAAUCUGCUACCGAACCAUCAUGGUACAGCAUCUCAGCCACUACCAGCACCCUAUACCAUCAGUAUUAAUAGAGAUACCUAUUCUCCACGAACUCCUUUAAUAGUUUUUGGAAAACCAGCGUUUAUGGCAUUCCUGAUUCAGGGUCAGAGAAAAGACACAGGUGAUCCUGCAGGCGAGUUUGUCCGACUUCCAGCUAACACUAAAUACCUCCGAUGUUCCAACGAGCAGGACUCGGUAACUCAUUCCAAUCCAACUCCCAGAAAUAUUUCCCAAUUUGUGUGGAAUCCACCAUUAGAUGAUGUAGGUGAAAUUGUAUUUAAGGGAACUGUCGCUCGGACCAAAUCCUUUUAUUAUGGUGGCUUGGAGUCGAAAUCUAUCAAAUAUGUUCCCGGUUCUUCAGAAUUAUUUAAUUUAUAA